AUGGUUUGUAUUCUUGGAAUUGAAGGUAGUGCAAAUAAAAUUGGUGUUGGAAUAAUAAGGGAUGGAGUUGUUUUAAGUAAUCCAAGGGAAACUUUUCAUGCUUCAUCUGGUGAAGGUUUCAGACCAAGUGAGGUAGCUAUUCAUCAUCGCACACAUUGUGUAAAUAUGGUUAUGAAAGCUCUUCAAGAUGCAAAGAUUAAGGAACCAAAAAAAGAAAUUGAUGGGAUCGCUUAUACAAAGGGUCCUGGAAUGGGUGCUCCAUUGCAAGUAGGAGCUGUGGUAGCGCGAAUGUUAGCACAAAUGUGGGAAAAACCAAUUAUUCCAGUAAAUCAUUGUAUUGGACAUAUAGAAAUGGGUCGAUUAAUAACUGGAGCAGAUAAUCCUACAAUUUUAUAUGUAUCAGGAGGUAAUACACAAGUUAUCUCAUAUUCACAUCAGAAAUAUCAAAUAUUUGGUGAAACAUUAGAUAUUGCUGUUGGAAAUUGUUUAGAUAGAUUUGCUCGAGUUUUAAAACUUCCAAAUGAUCCUAGUCCAGGUUAUAAUAUUGAACAAUUAGCAAAAAAAGGUAAGAAAUUACUAAUGCUUCCAUAUUCUGUAAAAGGAAUGGAUGUAUCCUUUUCUGGUAUUUUAACAACUAUUGAAAAAAAUGCAUCAAAAUUAAUAGAUUCAGGUGAAUAUACACCUGAAGAUCUUUGUUUUUCAUUACAAGAAACAGUUUUUUCUAUGUUAAUAGAAAUAACAGAACGUGCCAUGGCACACAAUGAUUCUCAUGAAGUUUUAGUUGUGGGUGGUGUUGGAUGUAAUGAACGCCUUCAAGAAAUGAUGGGAAAGAUGGCUGCAGAAAGAGGAGCAAAAUUAUUUGCAACUGACAUGCGUUUUUGUAUAGAUAACGGAGCAAUGAUAGCUCAAGCUGGAUGGGAGAUGCUUAAAAGUGGUCAAUAUUGUGAUGUCAAAGAUGCUACAUUUACUCAACGUUACCGGACUGAUGAUGUAUUUGUUGCAUGGAGAAAAUAA